UCUCAAGGAGAUGCCGCAUGGCAGAGGUUGCAACGGGAGCGACAUCUAAUGCAGGACCUGCCUCAAAUGAUGGCAAUUCGGUGGCAGAGGCUGUCGAUGGGAACCGAAGUUCCAAGGGAGUUGAGCCCAACAAAGUCCUGGAGUCCCAGGUCAAAAUGGUCAAAACACGUCGCCAGCUCCUGGAGGCCUAUUCCUCAAGAGAGGAUUUCCAUCGAGAAAAGCACUAUGACUUUUGCUCGAAACAGGUCCUGUCGGUGUACACGACCUUCCCACGCUUCCUCUUUCCACGAGAAGACCAUCGCGGCAAGGAACUGCGCCGCUACCGGACGCCGGUGGCGCCGCUGGCACAGGCUUCGAUACAGAGCGAUGUGGCGAUGUGGAGCCUUCCGGCAAAGAAAGACAGCUGCGAGACCCAGAUGUCUCAUGCUGUGCAGGCUGAGACCUCUGUGGACACGUUGAACGAACACGUUUCCAGCGUUUCCAGAUACUCCGACUCCAAAGUCUCCAAAGGGUCGGUGCUUGUGACUGGACCUCCGGGACCUCUGGAACCACUGGAACCACUGGGACUACUGGAUCCUGGGCAACGAAGUUGGGGAUGUUCGCCGCGGUUCCCACGACUGGUUGGCCCUGAGGUUGGGCGGCCUGCAACUGCAACGGCUGCAACGGCUGCAACGGCUGCAACGGCUGCAACGGCUGCAACUGGCGAAGAUGCAGAGACCGAGGAUGCAAGCGUUGAGGUGAAACCUUACAAGUUGGAAGCACUGCCGGUCCCAAUCGACAUGGCGUUGCUGAAGCGGUCGCCUGCUUGGUCCUUUGGCCUCAAUCGCAAAGGCGUCUCCAGAUCCAAAGCCACGGAUUUCCGAAAGCUUCGCGACGCAGUGGACUUUGACGGGUCGAAGCUCCUCGAAGUGCCGCGGCCUCGCAGCUCGCACGGCGAGAAUUUUUAAACAGAUGCGAUCCUUUAAGAACAUUUUUUCGCGG